AUGUAUUAUCAUGAAGAGAAUGGAAGCUGGGAUGAGGAAAUUGGGAGCCACUGCACUGAAUAUGUUCAGCUGGCCUUUAUGUCCUCCUGUCUGUCCAUUUUUGUGGGAGGUAUCCUCCUCAUCUUGAUGGUCAGAGUAAUUGAAUACACAUUGAAGUCCUUGCUUAAAUUGACUGGAUUGAAGACUCGAAGGAUGCCUAGGUUAAAUCUAUGGAAGAGACACUUUCAGGUUUGGGUGGUGAGGAUGAUCUCUGCUCAGACUGUUGUGGGACGCAUAUUGGUCAUACUGGUGUUCCUGUUUAGCAUUGGAUCACUCAUCAUUUACUUCAUCAACUGUCAAAGUGUUAAACAGUUCUGUCUCUCAUUUGAAGACCAGACAGUUUUUGUUGACCUCUUCUUCAAUUUAUUCUUCCUCUUUUACUUUGGAUUGCGGUUCUUUGCAGCAAGUGACAAGUUGGCGUUUUGGGUUGAACUCAAUUCCAUUGUGGACUUCUUCACCAUUACUCCGGUCUGUGUAUCUUUCUAUUUAGGAAGAAACUGGCUUGGUUUACGUUUCUUGCGAGCUCUCCGACUGAUGGAACUUCCCAAAAUAUUACAGUUUCUCCAAAUUACGACGACUGCCACUGCAAUCAAGCUGUCCAAACUCCUAGCUGUAUCUGUCAGCACUUGUCUCACUGCUGCAGGAUUUCUUCAUUGGAUCGAAAAUUCUGGUGAUCCUUGGGCAUAUAAUAAAAACCCCCAAAGCCUGACUUACUUUGAUUGCUUAUACAUGAUCAUGGUAACCAUGUCUACAGUUGGAUAUGGUGAUGUGGUGGUAAAAACCUCCUUAGGGCGUUCAUUCAUCCUUUUUUUCAUCAUUGCUGGCUUGAUCCUUUUUGCAAAUUUGGUGCCUGAAAUGGUAGACAUUGUUGGAAGCACUAAACUACACAAGGGUUCCUACAUGGUUGUGAAAGGCAGAAAAUUUAUUGUGGUUUGUGGUAAUAUCACUCUGAACAGCGUAACUACUUUCCUAAGGGACUUCUUAUCCCCAGGCUCUGGGCAGGUUGAAACUGAGAUUGUCUUUUUGGGAGAAAAUGAUCCAGGUCUGGAACUGGAAACUAUAUUUAGAUGUUAUGCUGCAUAUUCCACUUUCUUCCAAGGUUCUGUGAUGAAGACUGAAGAUCUGCAGAGAGUUAAGAUGGAGAAUGCUGACGCAUGUCUCAUCUUGGCUGACACAUGUUCUCCCAACCCCUAUAUCGAGGAUACUACUAACAUCAUGAGGGUACUGUCCAUCAAGAAUCACUUCCCAAACACCAAAGUCAUAUUACAGAUCAUCCAGUCUUCUAACAAGGUCUACCUUCCAAAGCUCCCCAACUGGGACUGGAGGAGAGGGGAUAGUAUAAUCUGCUUUGCUGAGCUCAAACUUGGGCUAAUAGCACAGAGUUGUGUGGUGCCCGGCUUGACUACACUGUUGACCAGUCUGUUCAUUAGGGAAGACUCCAAGAAACUGAUGAAUUUGAAUAAGCACCUACUUGAAAUAGAAGGCCAGGAUUAUAAAGUGAUGACUCAGCUUCUAUCCAAUGAUUUUAUUGACAUGUCCUUCAAAGACGUGGCCAAAUUGUGCUUUUUGAAGCUGGAUCUCAUGCUGCUUGCUAUCGAGUUUCGAUCUGACAUGCAAGGAAAUAGCAUCCUGAUCAAUCCACCUUCCAUGAUUAAACUCCAUUUCGACACAAUGGGCUUUUUCAUCGCCAAAUCUACAGUGCAACUCAAUAGGGCACGGUUUUACUGUAGACAAUGCCACAGUGAUAUUAUGAAUCCAGAGCUAAUUGUAAAAUGUCGUUGCAAAACGAAAGCCAUGAGAAAAGCCUCACGCUCCCCUUCUGGUUUUGUCUACCUGGGCUCCACUAUAUCCAGCAAGCUGUUCAUCGACACUGAGCUGGACAAGCACAUCGGCAAGGCAGUUACAGCAAUGGCUCGCCUCUCCAAAAGGAUACAGUGUGCACCCAAACCUUCAGAAAUCUUGGAGGAGGACCCCGGAAAAACCACUCUAGACUCUUCAGGAAUGUUCCAUUGGUGUGAAGCUGUUCCUUUUGAGAAGGCCCUCUUGAAGCGACGCAAAGGGCCAUUCAGUGUUCUGCGUGACCACAUUGUGGUCUGUGUUUUCGGAGAUGCAACGUCUUCGCUGAUUGGACUGCGGAACUUUGUGAUGCCUCUACGAGCCAGUAACUUCACAUUCAGUGAGCUGAAGGAUAUUGUCUUUCUUGGAUCACUUGACUAUCUCCACAGAGAAUGGGAAUUCAUCCACAAUUUCCCCAAACUAUUCUUACUGAGGGGCAGUGCACUUUCCUGUGCUGAUCUGAAAGCAGCCAACAUCCAGUAUUGUAGCAUGUGUGCCGUUCUCUCGGCCCAUGCGAGAGGUCCUGGUGAUCAAACCCUGGUGGAUACAAAAUCUAUCCUGGCUACUCUGAACAUCCGUUCCUUACAUUUUAAAGCAAAUUCAUCAUUAGCUGAGCUUCACACAGGAUCAAUUGCCGGCCGAUCAAUGCCCAUCCUUUCCAAACGGACUCCCAUCAUCACCGAGCUGAAGAUCGCCUCCAAUGCACAGUUAUUUGAACAGAGCAGCACAAAUGAGUCUGUUUAUGGAAUGCAACAGUUAUCCAGAGGAACAGUAUUUUCUGACAGCUUUUUGGAUGCUAUAAUGUGCACUACCUACCGUAAUCACCACGUGUUAGCUUUGCUGCAGUCACUGGUGACUGGAGGGACCAGUCCAGAACUGGAAGAAUAUCUGGCAGAGGAGGCUUCACUGAGUGGCAGUACUAGCAAUAUGAUGCACUUUGGAUCGAGGAACAGGUGUAAACUGGCACUUGUAGCACUGACAGACUCUCCAAGUGCAACAGACGGACUACUGCUCUUCUUUGGGGAUAUCUACAAUCUAGCACUUGAGUUGCUUGGAAUCCUUUGCUUUGGCCUCUACCGUCAGAAAGAUGAGAACAGUCUUAUUGAAAACAGAUGUGUGAUUGCUCGGCCACCUACCAAUUUUGAGAUCUACGCCUCUGAUCAGUUCUUUUGCCUUGUCCCAUUCAACACUUUAGUAAAUGACCUGACAGCUGUGAUAAAGUCCAUUCGUUCAACAGUCAGACGAAAGGAUGCUUUGGUGACAGCAGACCACAUGUUUUUAUCAUGA